GUGGUCGGGCAGUGGAGCUAAAGGAGCCCACGACCGAAGCGUUCGAGGCCCACCUCCGUGCCCUCACCAAGACCCUCGACAACCAGGUGACCCUGGUGCGCAGCGCCCUGGAGCUCCACCCCGCCGCCACGGUCGAGGACGUCCGGAGGGCGGCCGAG